AUGACCCAACGCAGGAUUCCCGUCUUUGAUGAGGAACCAAUUGAUCGGGAGCCGGAUCUCAUCAAACCAUGGAAGCUCCCUCCUCAAAGGACAUACGUCUUCAAGAAUGCAAAUGUCGUUGAUACAGCAAAUGGGAAAAUCAUCCCCAACCGUAUUGUCAAACUGUCAGGAGGUCUAAUCAAAAUACUCGACAAUUCAGUUGCUAGAAUUCUUUCUGGAUGGCUCUUUAGCGACGCUAUUGUCGUGGAUUUAGAGGGCAAAUAUCUUAGUCCCGGGCUGAUCGACUGCCACGCCCAUAUAUCCUCUGUACCAGGGGAAGAAGGUCUUACGGCAAGCAUAGUUCAUCCUGACAUGGCCGUGUCUCACUUUCGCCAGCCUUAUAUGGCGGCACAGGUGCUCUACCGAGGCUUCACUACGCUGAGAGAUACGGGGGGUGCAACGCUGGCCCUGAAGGAGGCAAUAGAAGACGAUGUAUUCCCUGGACCUCGCCUUUUUAUCGCCAACAAGGCCCUCUCUCAGACGGGUGGUCACGGAGAUUCCAGGUCAGCCCACGAAGCGUGUUGCGGCACCACAAACUGCCUUUCCACUGUUGUUGAUGGCGUGCCCGCUGCCAUACAAGCCACUCGAGAGCAGAUCCGUAUGGGCGCAGAUUUCAUCAAGAUUAUGACCAGUGGCGGUGUUGCUUCGCCGACUGAUAGACUGGACCAUAUCCAGUUUACAGCUGCCGAGAUUAGGGCGAUUACAGAGGUCGCAGAGACGUACAACACGUAUGUAACUGCUCACGCCUACACUCCUCGAUCAAUCAGACAUGCGGUGGACAAUGGCGUUAAGGGAAUCGAGCAUGGCAAUCUCGUUGAUGCAGAAACAGCCGAAUACAUGGCCAAAAACAACGUGUGGUUUACUCCUACGCUUGUCACCUACCAUGCCAUGGGCUCCGACAAAUACGCCGGGUUUCUGCCACCAGCAAACCGCGAAAAGAACCUCCAAGUUCUGGAGCGAGGUCUCCAGUCUCUGCGCUUAGCAGACGAAGCCGGAGUUACCAUUUGCCAUGGAUCCGAUCUGUUGGGGCCUCUAUGGGUGGAGCAGAGCAAGGAAUUCGGCAUCCGGGCAAAGGCCUUGAGUGCGGCAAAGAUUCUCCAGGGGGCCACUGUGAAUGCGGCGAGGAUGUUGAAGCAGGAGGAUUUCUUGGGCCAGAUUAAAGACGGGUUUGCCGCAGAUGUAUUGGUACUGAAUGCCAAUCCACUGGAAGAUAUUACGAUUUUGGAUGAGCCAGAGAAGAACAUUCUUGCAGUGCUGAAGAAUGGCCGGGUGUAUAAGAGCCGGUGGACAAAGUUGCCGGAAGACGUUGUUCGGCCUCAGACAACGAUUGAGUGA